GUGUCUCCCCGCAUUUCCCCCUUACGUAUCCGCUACCCCGGACAGCACGGCGCUCUGACGAGCACGUCGUUUUGCUUUCUCCUUUAUCACCCUUUCUCCUCUCCUCUAUUGCGCGUUGGCUCUCGUGUUUGCUGUGCCGUGGUAUCACAAUCUUUAGGACACAUGUCUCUUCGUCAGUUGGCUGCGUUUGGCGUCGUUGGGGCCUUCUCCGCUGCGGGGGUGCUGGGCGGGUCGCGGUGGCGCCGUGUCGAGCUGCGGCGUGCGGAGCUCAACAAGGAAUACGAAGAGCUGAUGGCCGGCUCCCGCACCUACAACGAGGAGUGCCUCAGCCGCGAUCAACGCCUGACCGACAAGGAGCAAGCAACGAAGGAGACUGCCGAGACGCUGGAUAUUCUGUGGACGGACCGCCUCGAGCGCUACGCGCAGGUGAACAAGGAUCUGCAUGCGUACCUGAAGGCCCUCCCCGAGGCCAUCGGCGCAAUGAAAGGACUGGCGAAUCAUUACCGCUACAUGAGUGAGGAGAUGCCGAAGUUCAUCGGCUUCGACAUCGCCUGCUCAAAGGUGCACAACUUAGCCUUGAUGCUCGAGCACGGCCGCACCGUCGGCGUGGAGCGCGUGGCACCGACGCUGCGAGAGAUGUUCGCGGCGGAGCCGCUGGUGCAGGCCGUCUGCGACGGCAUCUGCGACGCCGCAUCGGCGGUGCCCCACCCCUCGUCCGUCGCCGAGACGGGAGCGACGUUUUCCUUCUGCAUGGAGGAGCUGCAUCACGCGGUGGCGGAGGUGACGGCCGGGUACGCGGCCGCGUUGGAGGAGCCGCCGGCGCCGACCCCGGGUCCGCUCUCCGAUGGCGUGCGGAAAGUAGUAGCCGCGGCUCGUGCCGACGUCCUCAGCAAUGGUCAGCGGCAACUGGCGGAGCGGCGGAAGGAUCUCGAGAAGAUGCUGCGUCGCGCGCAGUGGCAGCUGCACACCGAGGAAGAUGUGCGGGCUGCGGUGGAGUACACGAGACAGCUCGAUCAGCAUCUGGCGUCUCACUCGCCCGCGACGUCGCACCUUUCCUCGGCGUCUCCCGCGGGGAAAGAUGAAAUUUUGGCUGCGAUACGGUCCGACACGGCCGUGAAGAACGCAAUGCGGCAAGUAGACCUGUGGCGCGACUCGGCCACUACCUUUCUUGUAAAUCACCAAGCCGAGGACGCGUUGCAGAGCUAUCACAUUCUCCUGGCGGAGACGCUGACGAAGGUGAAUGAGUUGAAAUAA